AUUUUCAGAAAACAAUCAGAGAAUUGAUAUAUUUGGAAGUAUUACACUUGUUUUUGAGAGAAAUAACAAAAAAGAAAGUAUAGAGCUAAUUACUUUCCCAAUGCAGGCUAAGUUUAUAUUACUAUCUGAAUUUAGAGAUUAUUCUGAAGAUAUAAAAAAUGAACUUAUGGGCCUUAAAGAGAAGUAUUCGGACAUAAAUAAGUACACUGGAAAUAUAAUUAGUAAUUAUUUAAAUAACACUCUAGAGUCACAUAAGAAAAAAACACUAGAACAGAAUCUGGAUAUGCUUAGUAAUGCACUAAAGAAUGAAAAUAUUCAAAAUAGACUAGUUUUAUACGGAUAUAUAGGUGAUGUAGACUAUAAAAUAGCUAUAAUUAACUACUUCUGCAUCACUAACAGAGACCGCACAAGAGACAAUCAACUAUUGUGCAUUAUUAAAAAUAUUAUAGGAAAUACACUUAUUAAUAAUCUAGAAACCAGAAAGAAAAUACUUCCACAGAUAAUGUACUUCACUGAGCAUAAAGAACACUUUUCAAAUAUUGAAUAUGAUUUAGAAAAUAUGCCUACAGCAGAAAUUGAUGCUGGCUUACUUAAAGGUUUAAUAGGCACUAUACUUUACACGAACUGCUUUAAAGAAGCCUUCUUAGAACAUUUCAGUUAUUUCUUGAAGAAGUCUAUUCUUUACAAGAAAGAAUUACAAAU